AUGGAGCAGAUCAAGACGAAGAAAUCAGACAGAUCUUGGAGAGAUACCGUUGUAUACUCACCGAAUUUUUCUGGAAUAUUCCAGAACUCCAAAAGAAUAGAGGAGGAAGAAGUCGAUUCUGAUGAAGAAAACGAGAUGGAAGAAGAUGAAAUUCCUACAAUCAAUGUUCCUGCAGAAAUUAAAGAAAAGAUUAGAAAACCUUGGAGGAAAGCUUUAAUCCUAAAGCUGCUGGGCAGAUCGGGUCCGUGGAAGAUAAUGGAUCAUUACCUAACGGUCCAAAAAUGGCGUCCAAAUUUUUUAGCCAACAGUGCUAGCAUUUCGUCUACUGCUAUUUGGGUUCACAUUCUGAAUCUCCCAAUGGAAUACUUCGAUAAGGAUAUAUUGGUUAACAUCGGCAAAAUGAUAGGCACUCCAAUAAAGAUCGACUAUAGAACAGCUUGGUCAAUAAGAGGAAAAUUUGCUAGAAUAUGUGUGGAGGUCGACUUAAGCAAACCAUUACUUUCCAAGAUCUGUAUUGCUAGCACUAUCGGUGUUCAUUUGAUCUGA